CUAAGAGACAUCACUUGCCGCAUCAAGGACCAUCUCCGUGACCUCCGUUCUGCUUUCAGACGGAGGAGACACGCUGGAGGAGAUUCCACCAUCCGCCGCCACGUUAACUCCUUUAUCCGCUCCAGGAAAGUGGCUCACAAGGAUCUAGCUAAGUUACUCUUGUUGCUUAAACAAGCAGAUCACUCCUACUCAGGGCCAACUCAUCAUUUGAUCACUCUGCUUCGACAAGUCUGUUCCCAAACAUGUCUUUCCUUUAGGACAGUCUUGUUGUCAUUAUCCACAUCAGUAACAAAGCCAAGACCUUCUAAGUGGGCUUUAGUUACCAAAAUGGUGAUCACGAACGUUACCAAUACAAGUAAUCGAGUUGAGACCAGACACAGAAACGAGUACCAGUUGAUGGAUGAAGAGCUACAAAGAUUCUGCUUAGCCAAAGAGAUAAAGAAGGAACGAAUCAAGGCUUUGAUCAUUACCUUAGAUAACGUAGAUACUGUAGUUGAAGAUCUGGAGGAGACGCUUGAAAGCUUGUACAGGUGUAUGAUUCAGGCUAGAGUCUCUCUUUUGAACAUAGUCUCUUUGCAUAUAUGA